AUGACCCACCACAUGUACCUUAUCCUGUUAGCUGGGGUUCUCGUCGUCGCUCCCGUUGAAAAUCCUCAACAAAUCCUGGAUGUUGGUACCGGAACCGGUAUUUGGGCAAUUGAUGUUGCAGAUCAAUUCCCAUCCGCUGUGGUUAUUGGAACAGAUUUGAGCCCUAUUCAACCGAGCUGGGUUCCUCCGAAUUGCAAGUUUCAAGUUGACGAUGCGGAGAAUGAUUGGUCUUUUCCUAGGGACUCGUUCGAUCUCAUUCACUCGAGACAUUUGAUGACAUCGAUCAGAGAUUGGCCGAAGUACAUCGGACAGAUAUACAAUGCCGUAAAGCCCGGUGGGUGGGUCCAGAUGGUCGAACAUGAUUUUGUCCUCGCCUCCGACGACAACUCCCUCGCCCCAGACAGCGCCCUUCGACACUGGUUUGAUCUAUACCACACCGCGAUGGAUAAUAUGGGCCUUCCGUCUCUCUCCCACAAAGUCUCAGAGAUGCUCGAGGAGGCCGGCUUCACCGAGGUUAGCCAGAAAGUCUAUGGUCUUCCCUGGGGGCCCUGGGCCAAGGAUAAGAAGCUGAAGGAGAUCGGCGCGUGGAUGUUGGCUAACUCUGAAACUUCUUUCGAGGCCUAUGGGCUGGCGUUCCUGACUAGGGUUCUUGACAAGUCUCCGGAGGAGGCCAAGGAUCUCUGUGAUAGGGCGCAUAAAGAGUUGAGGAGUAAGAGAGUUCACGUCUAUAAUAGCCAUUACUUUGUCAUCGGGAGAAAGCCGCUCGAGACCUAGGCACAUUUGGCGUGCACGACGGGAGAAAAGCGGGAACUCUUGGGAAAAUUGUGGAAUGGUGGACGAUUUCUUUUUAUAACGAUUCUCAUUUCAUAUUCUUGCAUGUAUCCUUAAGGAAUGCGUUACUUUUCACACGCA